CGCGUCGAGCCCUGCCCACUCCGCUAUCCACUGGACCCUGGGACUCACCGCCACCAUCCCCACGCCAUGCAUCUCGUUCUGUGCGUCCUGGGCGCUUGCCUCGCUCUCCUGCCGUGGGGAGGUCACGCUGCUGAAGAGGCGUGCCGCGUGAAGGAGAGUCAGCUGAAGUCUCUGCACCUGGAGCUCGAGGCCGAGUUCAAGUCGCGCUACCGCACGGGCUCGCGAUUCGUGAGCUUCUUCAGCGACACGGAGUACGCGGUGCCCGCGGGCUCGGCGCUGCGCUUCGCCUGCCUCAAGAAGUUCGUGCCCGCGGGGCCCCUGGACGGCAGCUGCCAGGGGGGCAAGCUGAGCAUGCCGGUGUGUGAGCCCGAGUCCUGCCGCCGGUUGGUGGUGACCCACGGCGAGAUCGCCAUGGCUGGCGACACGGUGCGGCACAACUUCAGCAGCAGCCUCACCUGCGCCGUCGGAUAUGAGGGCUACAACCGCGUCACGUGCCACGCCGGUGUGUGGGAGCCCACCCCCAUGUGCUGCUCCCGGCCGCCCUCCACGGUGGCCCACGGCCGCGUGGCCGUGGACCGCGACCGCCUCGUGGCCCUGCUCACCUGUGACGAGGGCUUCGAGCCGGCCAAGGCCGCCCAGGCCGCCUGCCGCUCGGGGGCCUUCGACGUCAAAGCGUUCGCCUGCAAGGAGCGCAAGUGUGACACGGACCCCAAGAGUUACCUGCAUGUGAGCAGCAUCAGCAAGGGCUCUGAACCGGGCUCGCUGUCCGUGAGCUGUAAGAAAGGGUUCGUGACCAUCGCCGGCCCCACACGCUGUGAGCGUGGCCGCCUGGUGCCGGAGCCGUCUUGCUGCCCGGACGCGGUGCCGGUGGCUCGUGGGUCCGUGCGAGUCCGCAGCUCCACGGCCUCCGUGAGCGGCGACCUCAGCUGCGACCCCGGCCUGGAGCCACGCAGGGCCGCGUCCAUCACCUGCAGCCGCGGCCUCUGGGACGCAGACAAGCUGGCCUGCGAGCGGGCACCUGCAACCAACGAAGUGAAGAGCUGCAUGGAGGGAGUUUGUGUGAUCCGCCCUAAAGAGACGAACCUGCGUACGGUCGAGACCCAGAAGCUGCUGCACCUGACGUCCGCACGGCCGAUCAGCGCCCGCGUCACCCUGGCCACCACACGGCACCGCUCCAAGUGCCUCUUCUUCUCCUACGUAGGCCGCAGGCCCUGGGCCAUCAAGCCCGUUGGAGGGGGACUGCCCGGCCUGCAGAUGGAGAGCCGAGCCUCCAUCAGCUACGGCUCAGCAGUGAUUCCCAUUGUCGGAGACAUGACGGAGGUGGAGCUGGAGUUGACCUUCACUGACCUUGCGCUGGAGGAUGCCCACGUGGACGUCUGUGACCUCGCUGAGCUCGGUCUCACGCCGGCUCAGAGCAAGGGCUGACACCGCUGACUCACCAACUCACUCACCCACUCACUCACCCACUCACUCACUCACCCACUCACUCACCCACUCACUCACCCACUCACUCACCCACUC